AUUUUAUUGUUUACUUACAUUUUGUUCACAAUUAUUGAUUUUUCAUCAUAAAAACCUUCAAAAGCAGAUUUCGAACUUUGUUAUAACACAGAACAUUAAUUUAUAAGCAGAAAGUUUUCAAACAAUAAAUAAGCACCCUUCUACUAAAUUAUCUUACAGUUAGAUCAGAGAUCAAAAAGUUUUUCCCGUAACCGGGAAUUUCCAAAAACGGAUAAUUAUAGGACUUUCCAAAAAAACUUUUUUCCAUAAAUCGAACCCUCUGAUUCAACUCUGAGUCAGUAGUCCUCGAAAAAAUCCCCUCAAAUGGCACGCUUCGGCGAGUACAUUCCAAGUGAACGGUUAACCUUCUGGAUCUGGAAAAUCCUCGGCAUCUGGGCGACCCAGGAUGAAAGUCGGCUGUACCGUGCGUUCCGAUGGAUCUACCACUUUACGUUCACAAUCGUGUACCUGUUUUGCAUCUUUAUAAGUUCGUUCUUCAAAGAAACCAUGGCCGAGCUGUGGUCGGAUGUGAUGUUUAUCCUGCUGACGGAAUUGGCCAUGUUCACCAAGACGGUCAUCACGGUGCGGAAGUUCGAGACGGUGUACCGAUUGCACUGGGAGACCAUCUCCGACGAGUUUAGGCCGAUUAGUGAGUGGGAAACGCGCGUGCAUGGUGCAUUUUUCAGUCGGUUUAGUACCGCCAUGCUGGGGUACUAUUUGUGUAGUUUUCUAACUCUGUGGGCACAUUUGGGCUUUUUGUUCGAGUACAAAUUUCCCUUCUUCAGCUGGUUCUUCUGGCUGCCGCUGGGACGGGCAAAUCUAACAAAUUAUUACAUUAUAUUUGCGUACCAAAUGUUCGGAAUGUUGGGCCAUUUGUCGCUGAACGUGUCCGGAGACAUCCAACAUGCUUAUUUGCUUGCGACGGCCGGGAUUCAGUUGGAUUUUCUGUACGAAAGGCUCACCAAGCUGCCGAUUCCAACGUCGAACUCGUCGAUUGGAAAGGACCAUUACCGGGAAACGCUGAUACAACACAUUGAGCAUUACGAGCGGAUUUACAGAUUCGUGAAGGAGAUUGAGGAUACCUUUUCGAUGGCCAUUUUUGUUCAAAUUUGUGCCAGCGGUGUAACGGUGUGUGCUACCAUACUUCGUCUGUCAACGGUCAACCUAGCGACAGACCUCGGCACUGACGGCGCCCCGAUGGUGUUCUAUCUGGUGGCGAUGCUGACGCAAAUAUUUCUCCCGUGCUACUUUGGCAACGAGGUCACGCUGAAAAGCGUCAAGCUUACGAACGCUCUCUACACCGCGGACUGGUUCCGCCUAGCCGGGGUGUCGGACCGGAAAGAAAUGGCCGCACUGAUGCUGCGCACGAACAAACCGAUCGCGCUCAAGGCGGGCCACUUUUUCAACUACAACCUGGAGGCGUUCACGUCGACACUGAAUACGGCGUACUCAAUUUAUGCCGUUGUAUCGAAGAAGAACCGGGAGCAAGCCUAAACCCAAAAAAAGGACGUUCUUUCGUUCUACCGCAGAGGACAACUUGUCGCGUUUGUUUCUUUUCUGAUAUAUAUUUU